GUUGACUUGCUUCAAAUAGAGCGGGGAAGGAUAGACGCAGUAAAAACCUCACGUAAACCGUAUCACAAUACAAGCUCAUGGGUUGGCCUGCUUGAUUCAGCAUCCGCACUCACAACUCACUCUUUACCUCGUUUUACUCACUUGAUGGAUUCCGUCGCAACCACUAAGGCCGAGGCGGAUGCUCAUCUGGAAACUCUCCGUCAAAAGAGGGGCGUUGGUAGAGAACAACCAGAGGAGUCUGUUCUUGUACAAAGUCUGGACCAGGCACUUAAAAUCGUUUCCGAUCAACUCUACAAAGCUUCAACACAUUUCAUUCUCGAGUUAAUCCAGAAUGCGGAUGACAACCAGUAUGAUUCUGAAAUUGUGCCCAGUCUGCGACUGGCAUUGUACAAUAAUGGAGGUCAUAGAUAUUUCCGGUCUGACUGUAACGAAGUUGGCUUCACAUUCAAGCAACUUGACGCUCUGACACGAGUCGGUCAAAGUACCAAGGCCGCCACCAUCGACAAUUCGAAGUCGUGCAUCGGCGAAAAGGGCAUCGGAUUCAAGUCCGUGUUCAAGGUAGCUGAUGUGGUCCACGUUGCAAGUGGGUUUUACGAGUUCAAGCUUGACCGCAAUGCUCGCAUCGGAAUGAUUCUUCCAAUUACCUCACAAUUUCCUACUGCGGAUCGCGUAGUUGAUAAUACGCAGUUCCUGCUGGAGUUGAAAAGUCAACGCGACUACGAUGUCAUCAAGGAGGAGCUAAACAGUAUCGAGCCAGAUAUGUUGCUCUUCUUACGAAAUCUCGACCAGGUCCAUAUAUCUAUUCGCGGCUUGAACAAGCAGUAUCGACGCAAGAUCAACAGAUCAGACCCGAGAUAUGACGGAGAAACUGUAAAGAUAUCUGUUCAGGGCGACGCCGUAACCUCAAAAGAAUACAUCGUUCACCGAUAUACUGCCAAAAAUUUACCUCCGGUGCCCCAGAGAGAAGGCAUUGAUUCUUCUGAGGUUGUGAUAGCAUUCACGGUUGAUAAUGAAGCCACUUCUGUAUUCAUCACUCAAAAGGUGUUUGCUUUCCUCCCAGUGGAUGACUUUGGCUUCCGUGUAAGUGACCUUUCAGUUGAGCGAAUAUACAUAGGCAGCCAAGAAUAUAACACUAAUGGCUUGCUCGGUUUAGUUUCUUAUCCAUGCGGAUUUUAUACUUGUAGCCAGUCGAGAGCGUCUCGAUGAAUCAAGCCUCUGGAACCAUUCUCUCAGGGAUCUAAUCGAGACUGCCUUCGUGAAAUCAAUCCGUCGUCUUGUUGCACUAUCCCCUACCCAGGAUGGGGAGGGACUUUGCUACAAGUGGCCGAAAUACCUCCCUCGCCAUCCCGAAACCUCAGGAUUUUGGCAUGACCUCCAUCAAAAUAUGAUGAAUGCCCUGCGUAAGACACCUUUGCUUGAGUCGGGAGCGGACGACACCCUACGAAAGCCUACUGAUCUCUACUACGUACCCAGAGAUUGGAGAUUCGAGAACGGAGCUCUUUUCGACCUCCCGCCACUAUUGAAAACGCACUUGUCAUUCAAAUAUGAUAGUGUAAGGUCGGAACUCUCCCUGAUUGGGGUCGACAGUCUCGACAUCAAUGAUCUGUGGCGAGAAUUUUCCCAAUGGAUCAAUGAAGUUGGGAUCGACGGUCUCAAAACACGGCCAAUCAAGUGGCACCAAAAGGUCAGUUCGAUCUUCUGCGGCCGACGAGAACUAAGAGAGAAGCUCCGAAAUUUACCAAUUGUCCCUCUUCGGGAUGGUUCAUGGGUCAGGGCGCGCCAGGAUUGCGUCUUUUUUACUUCUACGCAAAACGAAGAGCAUGUGCCCACUGGUAUCGAGCUAUUUCUCGUGGAUCGCUCUGUAUCUAAAGAUCCAGAAAGAAGAAGAUUUCUGAGUUUCUUGGGAAUUCAAGAAUACAGUCCCACCCAAGUUUGCGAACUGAUUAUCAAACUUCACCAUGAUCUGCCUCCGGGGGCCUCCCGCACAGAAAUGGAUCUUGUCACAGACGCUCUUUAUCUUUUUGAUCAUCGAUUGUGUCUCAGAUACGAAGUUCCUAAUAUUGAAUUUGCCGCUGUAAAAGGUGGAAAGGCCAUUUGUAGCAGAGAGCGUCAUCUUUACUUGGUCGACCCCGAUGUCAAGCCUAGUUUGAUAGCAAAAUAUCAGAAUACUGCGCAAAGUCCACUCGUGGUGCUAUCUGACAAGUAUGAGGCUGCGCUGUGCAAAGACCGACCACGAGAAGAUGCAGACUCAUUUCGACGGUGGCUCCUGGGAUCCACAUAUCGAGAGUUUUCCACAGUCCCGGCACUUUUAUAUAAUAACGAACUGAGCGCCGAGUGGCACUUUCUUCGCAGUCACGACGUGAUGGAUUUACUACAAGCAAUCAGGCUACAAUGGGACAAAAAAGCCAUUCUAUCCCCCAUAAUUAUCAAGGCUGCGGCAGAACUUCAAGUGCCUGGCUCCGAUGGAUAUUGGAGACCUCUGGGUCGCCUAGCUAUCCCGACUACGGAGCUGAAACAAAAAUGCCCGCAUCUCGAUUUUGUGAGCCUUCCAAAUCCUAAAGUGUACAACUGGGGGUUUCUAUCAGUUCUGGGCGUCUUGACCACCCGAAAUACAACAGCAACUCUACGAGAGCUUCAGAAGCUUUCACAGCUGCAAGCAGAUAAGGUAGAUAAGGAUGCAAUAAAAGAAAUCUACGAAGCACUGAACGCAAGCAUGCGAUCCGAGUGGAAGGAGAUAAAAACAGCUUUCCUGGAAGAGUCCCUUGUGUUUGUUGAAAAACCAAAGCCAAGAUGGUUAAGUCAUCUCUCCUGCGUCUGGGAUGGCCCAGGUGCUCUGAAGCAGGUCACAAAACUCAGAUAUCGCUACCCCACAUGCAGACAGUUAUUCGUAUCCAUUCUCUGUGUGAAGCAAGCCAGCACUGGAGAUAUUGUCAAGGAACUGUGUUCUGUCUCAGAUGAAGGCGAUAUGGCUACCCAGCGCUUCAGUGAGCUGUUCUUUCUACUAGGGCGCUAUCGUCGUGACCAUGAAGAGCUGAGCAGGGAUCAGGUUCGAAGAAUCCGAGAAGCUGCGGUAUUUCCUAUUGUGGUUGAAGGAGGAAACAGUGACGAACAGCCCAAUAUCACACUACAGUCUAUAUGUGAGGGUGAUUGGUACGUUCCAGAUCAAAUACUUCUGGAACAAGCUUUUCGAUCCAGGGUUUCUAUGCUUAGCAUGCCUGUAAAGGACGCCGAGUCUUUGCGUGCCCUCUUUGAGGAUCUGGAUUGCGAGAAAAGGUUUCUCUCUUGUGCUGUUGAACAAACAACUGAACCGAGAGGCACGUGUAUUCGUGACUUGAGCCGGGAAGAUGAUUUCAUGACUCGACUUGACUGUAUUGCGCUAGCGACAGACCAGCCGGCGCUCGUCGAGCAUAUCACGCUGCAAAUGUGGUCGGUGUCAUCAAUCCUAACUAAAAGUCGAUUGGGAGGCAUUGAGAUCAGCAAUGAAGACAGGUUAAUCACGAUCAGAGAUGAUGGAGAGGUCACAAACAUAUACAUCCGCGAACAUAUAGUCAUGGCCGAGCAGUUCAAGGUCGAUCUUGAAUUGCUGGAGUAUUUCACUAGUCUAUUGGACGUUGAUGCUGAGCACACCAAGCUUGUCACCCUCCUCCUGAAAGAACCUAUUGUCCAACUCUCUGGCAUCCUGGAGAGAUAUAAUAUCGAAGUACCCGAUAAUUUGGACAAUGGAGAUACUGGCAAUCAAGAAAGCGACGGUGAGGACCAAGAAAGCAAUAGCGAGGAUCAAGAAAGCAGCUAUGAGGAUAAAGCGAUGACGAUUAUACAUCCAACCACAGACUACUCAGUUAACGAUUCUGACAGAGAGGAAACGAUGGAGAGCGGAAACGAAAGCUGGCUUAUUGACUUGGCAAGAGAAUUCGGGAAUCUUAGAAUCUCACCAGCAGCAGGUGGCAACGAUGAAACUUUCACCACUCCAGAAAGCUCGCCUCGACUUAUCCAACGGCACGAAGUGACUCCUUCUCACAACUCAAGGAGCCAAAGAAUUGUCCAAGGACCGGCCGUGUUUCAUGCAGAUGAGACACCAGUUGCGAAAACUCCGAGAAAAGACCCAUCUAGCGGGGGAGAUCUUUCUUUGCCUCGCUAUUCACCCAUAGAGACUCCGUCCUACCAAAGUAUCCUCAGUUCAAAUGGCCCCAGACCCGCUCAAAAUUCUCCUAGAGCCUUUGAAAGUCCAUCUAACAGAUAUAGAGAGAUUGGGUUCCUUGGGGAGCGUUUCGUUUAUCGUAUGUUUCAAUCUCGCAUCAAGGAUUGGACGUAUGAGAAUUGGACGAGUAAGUUGCGAGUCGAGGCCGGGCAUCCCCGAUUCACUGAGCGCGAAAAGGACUUUUCCGACUUUACAUACCAGGAUCGUUUUGGACAAAUGAAGGGAGUGCUGCGAGAGGCUGGCAUGGACGUAAUCGUCGAAUGGACUCAUAACACGAAGUUUCAUCUUGAGGUCAAGGCAACACUAGGUCCUUGCAGUGAGCCAUGUUUCGUGUCCCAGAAUCAACUUGACAAGAUGCGCCAGUACGAAGGGGACUUAGGCAACGUCUAUAUCCUCAUUCGGGUUUUCCAGUUGGAAGCAGAAGGUGGCCCAAGCUUUCGAUUCUUUUUAAAUCCUUGGAGUCUCUACUUGGAGGGGGCUCUCAACUUUAGGUCGAAUGAAGGAUAUAAGGUGUAUGGGUUGGUACAAGCUUACCACAGCGGCUGAGAUUCAGCGCCAGUAGUUUGGGCGAUGCCAGUUGGAGUAGUUGUAAGGAUACUCGCAGAUGUCUGAUUAGGAAGGACCUGAUUUAACUGUUCCGCCUACUUCAAUUGGGUGCCUCCGAAGCAGGUGCAUGUUUCGUGCUACCUCCACCCGAAGAAGUUUACAGCAACUGCGGCCUUAUUGCGUGAUCACAUUACCGAUGAUGUAAGGAUUGGCUUGAAUGGACUAGUAUAUCUUGUCCAAGUUCAUUGACGAAGCAGUUUAUCCUUUGUCACGCGAAAUCUGUAUUAACAACGCCAUCUUAUACCGGUUGAAAGAAGCAGGACCUUAUUCUGAGUAUCUCAAGAUUUCUCAAGUGUACCAAACUCAAUUUACCAGAUGAGACCAGUCUACAAUGCAACCAUGCAACUCGAUCUCAGCUACCAAAUCUAGUCUACCUAAGCCUCAUCACUGUGAAAUGCGCAGCGG